AUGACCAAGUCUCCAGAAAUGCUGCAAAAGUACUUGGAGGAGGUGGAAGCAGCUGCCGAAGAGGUAAUCUGUGACCGACAAGAGAUUAUCACUCUUGAUCGUCGACGUAACACCAAUAGGGAGGCGCUGCGGCAGCUACGAAACAAUAAUUUAACUGGCCACAGCCUUACUAGCAAGACGUGGAUCUGCGUCGGCAAUAUGUUUAUAAGGAUGCCAAAGAAUCAAGUAACUGAAAAUAUAGAGAAAGAACAAAAGCAACUGGAUACAGAAAUCAACAACUUGCGUAAUGGACUCUGCAGCAAAGUCAACUACCUGAAUGACUUGGAGCACAAGCAAAACGUAAUCGGAACAAACCUAAAAGCUUUGUCUCCUGAAGACUGGAAAGCUGUGAAACAGGUCCUGGGCCAGUGA